AUUCACAUAACUUCGCGCUUCACUCUUCUCCAUUUUCCCCUUUUCCUUUCUCUCUUAAUAAAGCAAAUCUCUCUCUUCAUACUUUCUCUUUAGCAAACAAAUCUUUCAAUUCCUUCUUCUACGCUUAUAGUUUAGUAAUGGCAGCACAAGAUCGACCAGAAGAACUCCUCAACUACAAGACGUGGGUCUUGAAAGUUUCCAUUCACUGUGAAGGCUGUAAAAGGAAGGUCAAGAAAAUUCUCCAACAAGUAGCUGGAGUGCAUACUAUAGAUAUUGAUCUCAAGCAACAGAAAGUAACAGUAACUGGGAACGUAGAAGCAGAAGCUCUCCUCAGGAAACUACACAAAUCCGGUAAACACGCUGAAUUAGUACCACAAGAGACUGAUCACAAGGAGAAAAAGUCUGCUAAAAUCAAGAGCAAAGAGAAACAAAUUAACCCACAAAGCAAAGAAGCAGAAUCAACUACCCAACCCGAUAUCAAUACCCACAAAAAUGUCAAAUCAAAUGAAAAAAUUGCAAUACCCAAAGAACCUUCAGUAAAAGUUGAAGAUGCAAGUGAUGAAGUAGUACUGAAAAAGAGGGAGAAACCCAGCACCGGUUCAGCUAAACCGGCGGAAGAAACCGGCACCGCCUCUGGUGAUAAACCGGAGGUGGCUGAAAAAGAGAACAGCGAUGAAACAGUUAAGGAAUCGAAAUCUGAAGGUAAAAAACCGGUAACCGACUCUGCCGGUAAACAACAAAUUCCAGUGGCGGCGGAGAAAAAGGCUACUGAUAGUGAUGAUGCUUCUGCUAGUGGCGAAAAAAACGGUGGUGGCCCAGUUGGUGAAGCAAGUGGCAGUACUGGUAAAAAGAAGAAAAAGAAAGGGCAAAACAGUAACAACGUUGAGGGCACACCAUCAAUUGUUGCUCCGGCUGGUCCAGAAUUCGAAAAUCAUAACAUGGGACCACAAGUCUUUGCCCCAACCAAUGAUAGCUCUCCACGUCAUCCAUCUUAUCAUUAUUACCCGCAACAGGGCCCACAAUUCUACGCCCCACCACCAGCAUACGUCGUUAGCUACAAUACGGCUCAACCUACGGCUAACUAUACGGCGUCGUAUUAUGCUCCGGCACCUCCAACUUCGUAUGCGUAUACGUAUCCCGGUCCUAGUCAUGUAACGGAACCUCCACCGUCCGAUGUGGAUAUGUAUCCACGCCAGCCGUUGGAUUCGUUUGAAAUGUUUAGUGAUGAAAAUCCUAACGGAUGUUUUAUUAUGUAAUGCAAUUACAAAAUCCUACGUAUGUUUAUACGUAGGGUUUCGGUGUAUACAGGCUUAUACUACUUGUAUAAGUACAUGUAUUAUGUAGAUAUAAGUAUAAAAAUGGAGAAAAUAGGGUAUAAUUUAGAAAAUGUUAGGUGUUAGUGUUGGGGGUCUUUAAUCUUUUAGUGGGUUGUUGCUUCUUUGUUGAAGUUUGUAGCUUUAUUUAGUAAACAUUUUCGUUUUUUAGUCUUAAAAGUAGCUUAGCCUUGUAAUGCUUAGUUGUAUUUUGGCCUUUUUGCCUCAUU